UCCAUGUUUCACGAAGCGCCCACCACACAACGCCCAAGUAGAUAAACCUCUAUUCCGCUAACAAGGCAAGAGCACAGCCAUGGCCAACAUCGACCGGCCCGGGUAGAUAGUAGGCGGCCUCCCGAGGCUGAGCAGACGACCGCCGCGACUCCUCUUAAUUCUUAUACGUACCCAGCCCUCGCCUCAUCCAUCCAUCGCCAUCGCUGUACCACGCAUCUGCAGUACAACACUCAGCGUAUACAAACAUGAUGGCCGCCCCUAAAUAUUCACAGCACACCAGCGACGAGCAGCCUCAUACCACCACCGCUGCCGCCAUGACGCCCACAAUCCGCAUCCAAGUCAUGUCAGACCUACACCUCGAGACCCCCCGCCUCCUACCCAUGUACGGCGCCUUCGCCGCCAUCCCGCCGCGCGCCCCGUACCUCGCCCUCCUCGGCGACAUCGGCAACGCGCGCGACCCGCGGCUCUACGCCUGGCUCGAGGCCCAGCUGCAGCAAUUCGACGUCGUGUUUUACGUGCUCGGCAACCAUGAACCCUAUCGGCUCGACGACGACGACGACGACGACGGUGGUGGUGGCCUGGCGUACGGGCGUGAGCUACUACCGCGGGGUCGUGAUGAUGACGAUGAGCCGCAGCAGGAGGAAGAGGAGGAGGAGGUGCGGGGUGGUUACGAGGAUGCCGCGCGGGCGAUGCGUCGCUUCGAGCACGCGAUGGAGGAGAAGAGGCGCGAAAGCGCAGCAGCAGCAGCAGCAGCAGCAGCAGCGCGUGAUGCGCAACAUGGGGAUGAGGAGGGGCGUAGACGUCCCUCCAUGGGCCGCUUCGUCUUCAUGGACCGCCGGCGGUUCGACAUCUCCGACGACGUCACCGUCCUCGGGUGCACGCUCUUCUCGCACAUCACCCCCGAGCAGCGCUCCACCGCCUCGCUCUUCGUGUCCGACUUUUCUUCCAUCCCCUCUUGGACCGUCGACGGGCAUAAUGCGUGUCACGCGCGGGACCUCGCCUGGCUCAACAAGCAAGUCCGCGCCCUCUGCGAUACUGAUGCCGCCGCCGCCGCCUCGGGAUCGGCCACUACCAACAGCAGCAACAGCAUCACCAGCGACAUCACCACCAGCACCACCAGCUCCAACGCCACCAACACCACCGCGCCCACCGUCCAGGACGCUGUGUCGCCGCCGCGCAACCGCCGCCGCCGCCGGAUCCUCAUCCUCACGCACCACAGCCCCACGAGCGACCCGCGCGCCAACAAUCCCGAACACCUCGACGACCCGCGCGGCGUGCAGACCGCCUUCGUGACGGACUUGCGGGGGCAGCCGUGCUGGCGGAGCCGCGGCGGAGGCGGAGGCGGGUCGGGGUCGGCCGUCGCGGCGUGGGCGUUUGGCCACACGCACUUCAACUGCGACUUCGUGGACGAGGUGACGGGCACGCGCGUCGUCGCGAAUCAGAGGGGGUACGGCCGCGAGGACGCGUAUGACUUUGAUGCGGAAAAGGUCAUUGAGAUAUAGCCGGCUGCGCUGUCUCGGUGGUUGACCAUGCGGGGCCGACGUGUCUGUGAGCCAAGCACAGCUCUGGGCGACGGAUAGCUAAAGAUAGAGUGGUAUUUAUGUGACGUAUAUCCGC